AUGCUCAGGGCGGUGGGCAGCCUCGUGCGCCUCGGCCUGGGCCGCGCUGUCCGCUGCGGCCCGGGAGCGCGUCUGGAAGCAGCGCGUCGGCUCUCACCGGCUCUCCCUGUCCACGGGCUUGCCUACUACUCCAGCGGCGGAGUCCCCAGCGGUUCUGAGCAGCAAGGUCCAGGGAAGGUUCACAGGGUCCCCGCUCAGCACAAGCCUUCGCAAUUCGACAAGAAAAUCCUACUGUGGACCGGGAGAUUCAAAUCCAUGGAGGAGAUCCCCACGGAGGUCCCGCCAGAAAUGAUAGAUGCUGCAAGAAACAAAGCUCGAGUGAAAGCUUGUUACAUAAUGAUUGGACUUACAAUUAUUGCCUGCUUUGCAGUGAUAGCAUCAGCCAAAAGGGCUGCAGAACGACAUGAAUCUUUAACAAGCUGGAACCUGGCAAAGAAAGCUAAGUGGCGUGAAGAAGCUGCAUUGGCUGCACAGGCUAAGACUAAAUGA